GCCCGGAAGGAAGGAGGGGACGGGGCGGGAUCGGAGCGGCAAGGCGAGGCGGGGCCGGGCCGGGCCGGGCCGGGAGAUCGGGGCAUGAACGGCGCUGCCAACCCGCUGCUGGAUCGGGAGGAGCACGGGCUGCAGCUGGGCGAGAGCUUCGAGCGGCGGCCCAAGGCCUCCUUCCACACCAUCCGCUAUGAUUUUAAGCCAGCAUCCAUAGACACAUCUUGUGAGGGGGAGCUCCAAGUUGGUAAAGGAGAUGAAGUAACAAUAACAUUGCCACAUAUUCCAGGCUCAACUCCUCCAAUGACUGUUUUCAAAGGAAAUAAAAGGCCAUACCAGAAGGACUGUGUACUUAUUAUCAAUCAUGACACUGGAGAAUAUGUGCUUGAAAAACUUAGUAGCAGCAUUCAAGUCAAGAAAACAAGAGCUGAGGGCAGCAGUAAGAUCCAGGCCCGAAUAGAACAACAGUCUGCCCGAGCCUCGCAGCCUUCAUCACAGUUCAGAGCCCCAACCAAGCCAGCAGCUGGACCUAAAACCUCCCCUGUGAAAGACAACCCUUCACCUGAACCUCAGCUGGAUGACAUUAAGAGAGAGCUGAGAGCAGAGGUGGAGAUCAUUGAGCAGAUGAGUAGCAGCAGCGGUAGUAGCUCAUCUGAUUCGGAGAGCUCCUCUGGGAGUGACGAUGAAAGCUCUAGCAGUGGUGGUGAAGAGUCUGCACGCAUUUCCCCUUCUCAGCCAACCCACCAGCAGUACAACAACAGAAACCCUGUUGCUAACGGUACCAGCAGGCCACAAGGAAGCAAUCAGCUCAUGAACACUCUCAGAAAUGACUUGCAGUUGAGCGAGUCUGGGAGUGACAGUGAUGACUAGAACCUGAGUUUUCAAUGUUUCUGCUGCAUAUAUAUGAAGAACUAAUUUACUUUGCAAUGAGCCUGUUGCUGAUGAAGGAGCUGGUAUAAAGAUGGCUUCAUGUGUGGAAUUUUAGUAGAAGCAAUGCGUAACUCUAUAAAAUAUCCAAUGUUAUGUUAAACCGAAGACAAGGAUGGUUUUACUUUGUGUAUGAAGUGUACAUUUUGUGUAUAUUCUAUUCUUUUAAGGUUUUAAAUAGACAUGUAUAGUCAAUAAACCAAUCUGUGUUCCAGACCCUUAACAAUCUGUAAGGCAUAAUCCAUUAUCUCUUGACGUAACCUAAAUAUUUCCUGUUCACAGGAGAUGUUCAGUACAGUUGUACUUUAUCCUAUACACCGGUCUUAUUUCUAGACAAGAGCCAGCAAGUAGUUAAAAUAAUAAUAAAAAAAACACAACAGAGUAAGGACUGGAGUGUAUAGUCAAGUGAGAGCAUUGUAAGUUAAAUUUCAACAUUGGAUUGGUUAAUUCUGUUUGAGACUUUUCUAAUGCCUUCUUUCUUACUGUUUUGACUUAACAUGAUGGAAAUACAUUAGACCAUUGUAAUAGAGAUCCUGAACACCAGUCUUAAUUGCUAACCUUGUUGCACCAGUGCCUUACAGGAUAAUUUUUAACUACAAUUUCAGUUGCUAUCACCAUUUUCACGGAGAAUAAUCUUAAAUUCUGUUCCAUUUUUGUUUACAAACAACCCCUGUAGAGCAGUGUACAUGCAUGCCAUCUUAUGUAUAAUAAUGGGCACUGAGGACAUUGACUCUCUCACAACAAAGUAUGUAAUUAAAACUUUGAAGUUAGAAACCUAACUGUUGUCUCGUGUACGAACCAAGACAUCUUUCUUUAAUACACUUCAGUGUCUCAUUUAACUCCCAUUUCAAUUAAUUAGGUACCUAAAUACCUCGGUCUCUACCUAUAAUGUCUUAAAUGCUGAAUGUUGACACUGUUUAAGUUACUCCAGAGUAAUCCACUGGGAACCGGAGAGAAAAUCCAAGCCACUGUACAGCUAAAACUCAUAGGGUAUUUUUACAUGUGCUUCGGGAGUGGCAGAGGUGCUUUAAUUAAUUAAAGUGCCUGCAGUGUCUGGUGUAUCAGCACCCCUGUGCUUCAAAAUAGUGGCAGGGGCACUUUAACUAAAGCUCAUUGAACAAGCUUUAGUUAAAGCACCUUCACCAUUUUGAAGCACGGGGAUGCUGAUAUACAAAUUGCAGAGGCUGACUGGAGUGUGCUAAUUAGCACGCUGUAGCAGACUUGAUUAAUCGAGUCUGCUCCGACACACUGUAAUUCCAGCACAUGGAAAAAGUCUCCUGGCACGUCUGCAGGCACCCAUAGGUACAAUUUUGAAAUGAGUACUCCAAAGAGCUGAAUAAACAAUGGCCAUCAAAAACAGCAAGGAAAGCCAAAGGAUACCUGUAGACAUGCAGGACACCUGCUCCAAAGUGCUGUAAUUACAACACAUCAGAGCAGACUCAAUUAAUCUCGUCUGCUGGAGCAGGCUAAUUAGCACACUUCAGCAACUUUGUCCUGUGUAUUCAGCAUCCCUGUGCUUCAGAAUGGUGGCAAGGAUGCUUUAACUGAAGCUCGCUGAAUGAGUUUCAGUUAAAGCACCUGCGCUGCCAUUUUGAAGCAUGAGACGCUGAAUACACAAAACACUUUCAAUUAAAACACCUCCGUGCCCCACCCCUGGAGCACAUGUAAAGACACCCAAAGUUCUCCACAGUAUCUCACAUGGCGUUUUCCCCAGAUUGUUUCUUGUUGGGAUCUCUGUGAGUUCCCAAACAAUAAGAUCCUCACAAUAAGAAAUACUUCCUUGUUUAAGGUAAAAUUCACCUUUUAUUUUUUUAAUAGUUACAUGGAAAAUAAAUGGCGUGUAGAUCUCAUGCUGGCUUUUCAACACAGGGCUUAUAAUAUGUAACCCAUGGUGAAGGUCAAGUGGCACUAUAUUUCUAAUGUAAACUAGGAAAUACAAAGCUGAAGUGGACACCCCCUCCAUCUUUAGUUCUCAAUGUUUACUUCUCUGGUGAUGUCUUAGUCUGCUGUUAUGUAUAUGUUUUAUCUGCUGUUUGUUAGUUUUUUGCUUUAAAAAAAAUAUUUUGGAGAUCUAGGAGACUUUGAAGGAAGACUAUAAAUAAACCAGAUUUAUUUUUCUGCAUUAGAUACAUAUUUAGGUAGGCAUCUUUUUACAUUCUUGUACAUAUUUUCAUUUUUAAAAAAUAUUUGUUUUUAAAAGUGUUUUAUGAUGCGGAUACAUAUUUUACAAGCAAUUAUUAAAUAUAGUUGAUGGUUUAUAACCAACAGUUAUUUGAUUCUUCCCCCCACCCUCCGAUGAGCAAAAUGAAUACAGGUGUUCUCUUCUUACCAUUCUGUAAAAGCUUUUUAUUUUAUUUUAUUUUUUUAAUUUGAUAUAGCAUUAUUUUAAUUUAAUGUUAGUUUGCAGCCCAAUCAGUGAUUAUGCUAUUCCUCACUUUCCACUGACUCACAGUUCAGAUAAGCAGGGAAGUAUUUAUCUAUUAUUAGUUCCCUACUAUUGGAGCACAAGUUGACAUUCUGUUUACAAUAUUGUUUUAAAAUGAAAAUGCAGCAAUGCAAUACUUGCAUUAUAAAUCACUUGUGGCAUGUGCUUUCUAAAACGUGGGCAUUUCAUAGGAAGUUUGCUGAUUAUUCAAAUAAAUCUCUACAGUUUAAAAGGGAAAAAAACAACAUCAGGGUAGACUAAUUUCAGUCAUAAUUUAAAUUAGCAAGAUGGAAACCUUAAUUUAAAUCAAUUUUAUCUUGCUUUACAUUUAUUCUUUAAGGCUUUUUUCAUGUAGAAAGGCUGUUCCUGCACUCCCACCCUGAAUAGUUACCAUUAAAAUGUGUUGAUUUGCAGCUAAAAAUACAGUAUAUUGUUUAUGCUAUAUUUGGCACUUCUUUUUGUGACCCAGGAGGAUAGACCAUAUCUAUACACAUCUAGAGAUACACAUCUAACUUGCAUUUAUUCAAAUUAUUAUUUUUUCCAUUUUUAUCAGGUUUGGAAAUGUUAAUGAUGCAUUUCUUUUUAUUAGAUUAUUAAUAUUUUAUUCAUAAUUUGUGUCAAGCUCUAUUUUAAUAGAAACAGGAAUUUAAUUAAAAUGCAUAAAACAGCCAUUUACAUUUUUUAUUAGUUAAAUAAAAUAGAGUUAAAUGCGCAGAAUACAUAAAAAAAAUAGUUUAUCGAAACAUAUUUCACAAUAUAAAUAUUUUAAAUAAAGAAGUGUUAGCUGUAGUUGGUGAAUUUGUUAACUAUAGUUAGUGAAUUGAGCUGAUUGGGUGCCUAUACACGUGCAGAAAGACUACUCCAGUGCACUGUCAUUACAGUGUAUUGGAGAAAACUUGAUUAAUCAAGUCUGCUGGAGCAUGGUAAUUACUGCAUUCCAGCAGACUCCAGCAUCACGUGCAUCAGUGUCCUCGUGCUGAAAAAUGAUGGCGGGAGCACUUUAACUAAAGCUCAUUGAACAUGGGAAUGCUGAUGCAUGUGAUGCUCCAGGUUCUUUAAUUAGAGCAGGUCUCAGAACUACUCUAAUUAAAGCACCCUCCUCCCUCCCCCCACCUGGAGCACAUCUAUAAACGUCCAUUGUUUCUGGUCACUGUGCACUGUUAGUAGAACAGGCAGAUUUUCUCUCAGAUCUAGCUUUUAUUGAAGAGGAAUACAAAAUGUCCUCCUGUGCAAUCAGAUCAGCUUCAUAUGGAUUGAACUAACUGAAGAAACUGAAAUGAAGAAAAUAUCCUCUCUGUGCCUGCAGAAGAAACAACUGUUGUUAAAAGCUGGUUUAGCAUUUCAGCUAACACUGGUUAUUCUGGGUGCUUAGCAGAUGACAUCUACCACUCCAGGGAUUUUCAUUUCUUUAAAAUGUCAGCAGCAAAUAUGUAAUAUUUUCAUUUAUUUUACAUUAUUAGACAUUAGUGUAGGUUGCCCAUCUUCAAAUUUAAUUAUAAAGAUUUAUUUUGAAAAAAGAAAAAUGUAUCAUUUAAAAUGGGAAAGAUUCAAUUUAAAUACAAAUCGAUGCUUUUCAUUUUUUUUAAUAAUUGAAUUGUAUCCAUUCUGAGCAACUUAAUAAGGAAUUUAACAUAUGCUCCAGAACAUAUUAAAAAGUCCAAUUGUUUAUAGAAAUUUUUCUCCCUCAUUUUUGCAUUUAUUCCAACCACUAAGAUCUGGUAAAUUAGACAGACACUAAACAAGCUAACCAAACUAAAACAUGUACACGGUUACCAUAAGGUGCACAUUUAUCCUGCUCCCUCAAAAGCCAUAUGGUCUGCUCUGUGUAUGUGCUCUACAACUUAAUACUCCAUCAUCCAAAAAAUGUAGAACACCCAAUGUUUUCAGAAGCCUGGUGUUAAUCAAUUAAAAUUAAGAUGAAAGACUAAUAAGAAAACAUUCUAAGUUGUGGUGUUUUUUUUCUGGUGUCAGAGAGAUGGGUACUCAGUUAGGAAUAACUCAGACUUGAAUGAAGUGUAGUACAACAAUUUUAAAGAUACUGUGCCUAAAGUUUAUUUGCAUAGUUUGCUUUAUCAUAGACUAGAUGGAUGUGUGUUUACACUUAUUAUCAACAAAAAAAAAUUACAGCAAAAAGCUUUAUAAUUUCUUUCAAAUUCAAUUUAUUUAAAUAAAAAAUGAAGUUCAGCAAUCUAA